AUGUCAAGCCCUAGCUUCUUGUCAGGCGAUCCCGAAGCUAUCAAUGAAUUUCUCUCUAGAUUUGAUGUACGUACAGCAUCUGCAUCUGUCACAACGCUAACGUCCAAUCCAAAGGUCUUCCUCUUCGACUGCGAUGGCGUCCUCUGGUCCGGUGAUCACCUCUAUGAAAAGGUCCCAGAAACACUGGAGAUGCUCAGAAGCAUUGGCAAGCAGCUUGUCUUUGUGACGAACAAUAGCACCAAAUCUAGGGCAGACUACAAGAAGAAAUUCGACAAGCUUGGAAUACCAGUUGAAGUGAACGAAGUCUUUGGUUCGUCCUAUAGCGCCGCGGUGUAUAUUGCGCGCAUCCUCGAACUGCCUGCACCCAAAAACAAGGUCUUCGUUCUGGGAGAAUCUGGCGUAGAACAAGAACUUGAAUCUGAGGGCGUCCCAUUCAUCGGCGGCACAGAUCCAGCCUUUCGCCGUGACAUUGAACCAGAGGAUUUCGAAAAGAUAUCAAACGGAAAAUUGCUCGAUCCAGAUGUCGGAGUUGUUUUGGCAGGUUUGGAUUUCCACUCCAACUAUCUGAAGACCGCAAUUGCGUUCCAGUACCUUCAACGUGGCGCGUUAUAUCUGGCUACCAAUAUCGACAGCACACUUCCGAUGUCGCAUACGCUGUUUCCCGGCGCUGGGUCUUCUAGUGCCAGUCUUACCAAGGCGAUUGGAAGGGAACCUCUUUCAUUGGGCAAGCCAAGUCAAGCAAUGAUGGAUGCUGUCGAGGGCAAGUUCAAGUUCGAUCGCAGUCGCACCUGCAUGAUCGGUGACCGGAUGAACACUGACAUCCAAUUCGGAAUUGAUGGCAAGCUAGGAGGCACACUUGCUGUGCUGACGGGUGUAAGCAAAAAGGAGGAUUUCCUUGCUGAGGGAGCACCGACUGUACCCACCGCGUACGUGAAUGCCUUGGGUGACCUACUCGGUUAG